AUGAAUUUACCACAAAAAUAUAAUAAUCAUUCAAUUCAAAUGAUACGAACUGAUCAAUCAUUGAUUUUUCCAAUCAAUAAUAAUAAUUACAGUAAUAAUAAUAAUAAACUUUUAACAAGCUAUCAAAGUAUGGAACCUGUUGAAAUCUAUCUACCAAGUAUCAUUGUUUUAACCAUAUUUCUGAUACUCAUAUCAAUGAUUGGGAUUAUUGGGAAUAGUUUUGUUGUUUGGGCAUUUCGUAAACAAAUUCAACAAGGUAUCAUAUCGGGUUUAUUUAUUUUAUUACUAGCCUGUAAUGACUUAUUCAUCUGUAUCAUUGUUAUACCAUGUACACUGUACUUAGAUAUAUGGACAGCAGAUACAACUGAUUGGAUAUGUCGUGUACAUUUAACCCUGAAAGCAUUUGUUGUACCCAUCUCCGCAUGUAUCCUAAUGUUAAUAGCUGUGGAAAGAUUUCUACUGAUUUGUUUUAUACCUGGAAUACAAAUGAAACGUAUACAUAUAAUCUUAUCCCUAAUCAUAAUACUGAUCAUUGGUCUAUUAUGUUCCAUCCCAAUGGGUUUACAUGUUCAUGCAAUUGAUAUAUUUAAAGAACGUGAUGAAUUACUGGAUUUGAAUACAUUAAAAAAUGGCGCCAUUGAUUUAUCACAUUUACAAACAAAUCAACAAUGGUUCAAUCAAUUACGUGUCACUAAACGUUGUGAUAAAGAUGACACAUUGAUCAAUGAUCAAUUCUAUUGGUAUUAUCAAUUAUGUGUGUUGUUGCUGUUUUUAGGAUUAUUUCUUGGUACAGCUAGUGUUUAUGGUUUAAUAUUUUUAUUUGUAUGGCGACAUGAAUCAUUUAUGUAUGAAAAAUAUGGUAAUUCUAAAAUGAAAGGUAAUUGGAUACGUAUACAUGCUACACCGAAUUCAUCAGCUGAUCGAAUACAACUUAGCACUAAAUGGAAUCCAAUUAAGAAACAUUUAUCAUUUUGUAAUAAGUAUAAAGAAUCUAAACAAGACAAUGAUAAACCAAGUCCGAAUAAUAGUUUGAACAUUGAACCGGACGAGGACGAGGAGCAGAAGGAGGCUGGAGAAUGUGACAAGGAGGAACAACAACAACAACACCGACCAACUCGUCAAGUUCAACAACAAAAACGAUAUUCGGCAGAAUCGUUAAAAUUAUCACCACUACAACAUCACCAACCAACACAACAAACAUUGGCGAUUGGGAAUGCAACUCUAACCGAUAUGACCACAUCGACAAGUUGUAUCAUAUCGAAUUUAGACAGAUUAAGUUGUGUAUGUUUAUGUGAACGAAAUGACGAGACGCAUGAAUUGAAUCAAACUGAUCAAUAUCCAAUGAGUAAAGAUUGUCUGUUGCAUGCCACUCAUUCAGAACGCAUUGAUACUACUGAUCAAGGCAAUAACAACAAAAAUAAUACUAAUAAUAAUAAGUGUUGUCCUAAACAAAAAAUCAAUAAUUCAUCUCAGUCUAGAACAGAAUUAUCCGCUGCCAACUUAGAAUGUCGACGUAAACCACAUGUACGUACAGCGCAAACAUUGGCGUUGGUUGCAGCCAAUUUCAUUAUUAGUUAUACACCAUAUCUUGUGUAUACUACAAUCCCAGUACAAAAGAGACAAGUUGUCUUAUUUAAAGAGAAACCACAUUGGACACUACAAAUAAGACGUAUUCUGUUUUAUAUGUAUUUUGUUAAUUCUGCAUUGAAUCCAAUUAUUUACUCGUGUAUGAAUAGACAUUUUCGUAAUUGUAUGAUUAAAUUUUAUGCAGAUUUAAAAAGGAAAUUUAAAAAUUGUAAUAUGUCACGAUCAAAACCACUGGAGACAAAUCAAGAUUUAGUUAGUUUCGUGUUAUCGUCAAAACCGAUUGGUUCAAAUCAAUGAGAAAAAAGGUAAUCCAUGUUUAUGUAUAGUCGAAUGAAACUUACUGGCACCUGUUACCCCCAUGGGUUGGAACACAGGCCACUCCGACCGGAAUUCUCUGACCUAUUCAAUCCCAAACCUUCAUGUUUCAAGUUCUAACUGAAUUAAUUACUUACUGGCUUACUAACUAUCUAACUAACUAACUAACUAACUA